CGAAUUCAACGUCGAGGAUUGACAGCUCUGUCCGUGCGACACAACAUUUCAUAUCUCAUCAUUCUUCAUAUUUCUAUGACAUGGGGACAUUGUAACGCGACAAGUAAACAGGUAUAUCGUAUUCGCCAGUCAUGAUGAGUAAAUUCAUGAACGUGUUGAGGAGCUGGCUGCUGAUGGUGUCACUCAUCGCCAUGGGGAACACAGUGCAGAGCUUCAGGGACCACAGCUUUCUGUCGGAGAAACUUUACACAGGGAUGCCACAGUUUGUGAAUGGUCUCCAAGCACGAACAUUCGGAAUCUGGACAUUACUAGCAUCUAUUAUACGCUGUGCGUGUGCCAUCGACAUCCACAAUAAAACGCUCUACCACAUCACCCUGUGGACCUUUGUGUUGGCGCUGGGUCACUUCCUGUCUGAAGCCUUCAUCUACAAAACCGCUCCCGUCACCAUAGGAGUGAUGGCACCGCUUAUUGUCGCUAGCGUUUCUAUCGUGGGGAUGCUGAUUGGAUACCAGUGUAUUUCCGAACACCAGGAAGAAGUUACAGUGCGACAGAAGAAGCGGAAUUAAAUAAACACGUGGAAAGAGUCCCGCCAACUCACGCCCUAGUUACUGCUUUAAGCCUGACAACAGGAUUCUCAGCAAAGACAGACUGGGGACAUGUUGCAUAAUGGAUUUAACUUUAUUUUACCUUAUCCACGUGUUUGGUAUUGUAUUGUGAUGUUCUAGAUUUAAUAUCAGUAUCACCUAACCCAGUUUUGAGAAUGUUAUGAUUAUGCCAUUCCAUUGGCUUUCUUGUCAAGAAAGCCAAUGUCAAGAAACAUUUGACAUGCAGGAGAGUAUCUGGUGAAAAAUGUUGCCAUCUGUUGACCAAUUGUUUGAAGGGUUAUGAGAAAUAUAAGCUCUUGAUGUGUAUUACAGAGUAAUCACAGAAUAUUCACCAAUAAACCUUUUGAGUACCAGUUUCAUUAUGGUUGUAUUA